GUGGCGCCGGCCUGGCACGUGCUGCCUGCUUUGUGUCCGCCUCAUGGGGCGUGGGUUCCAGUCCCCAAGCGCUGUGCUGUGGCAUUGCAUUUGCCCCUGAGGAAAUUUGGAAGGGGCCCAGCCAGUCCCCGAGGAACUCGGGCAGAGCCAGGCACGCAUGGUCAUGACUGGGCAGAAGCUCUUGGUUCUCAUAGGUUUGUGCAGCUACAUUCCCGAGUGCUAAGUGUGGGGGAGGAGUCCACCCUGGCCCGGAGGAGGGUGCCGAGUGUCCUGUGCUGAACCCUGGCCCUGGCCGUGCGUCUCCACCACGCACCUGGAGUGUCCUUGGGGUUCUUGGCGGUGUGGCAGCUCCAGGUGAUUCUCGAAGAUCCUGGGGGCUGCUUGGCUUUAGGCCCAGUGGCAGCCCCAGGAGCCCCUCAGGAGGGACAGUCCCCCCAGGACGCCAUCUGUCCUUGGGCACAGGCACCAGGCCCGGAGGCAUGCUCCUGUGCUGGGGGAGAAACCUUGCUCUCGUUUCUGUAUGUGGAAGUGAAAGAUCAGGUUGGGGUGAAAACCUGUGAGCCCUGCUGCCGAGACACCUGCCAUCGACACACAGGGCCAACAGGCUGGACAGACCCGGCGUGGUCAUGUGCCGUGUGACUGUCAAAUCACGCAGGUCGCUGCGUCUCCUCCCCUGGCUGCCUUGCCCUGGGGCUGCUGGCACAGCUGGUGGGAGAGUGAGUCCCAUGUGGCCUGUGCAGCACCCAUGCUCUCGGUCAGUGUGGGGCAGUGUGGGUGGGCAUUGCAGGGAGUCUGAGGACAUUCUCACACACCCCCCCGCCAUGUGUGAAGCUCCUCCUUUUCCACUGCCAUGUAGUAUUCCAGCGUGAGAGUGUGCACAGUCGCUAGGCCAUCUCCCCCCUGCCCAGGUGGACGAACACAGCCUGGGUGCCGAGUGCGCUCACAGGGGAAGCAGCCAGCAGCAUGGUGGGUUGUGGGCUCCACGCUCACCCAGCGUCCCUGGUGUCCAGUUGGCUUGUUACCAGGAUGCAGCAAGGAGGCGGGGAGGGGACACUGGCACAGCCUGUCAGGGUCCUGGGGCGGCCGUGCCGUGUGGCCGGUCACAUGGCGCGGAUAAGAAAGGGGAGCUGCAGCACCGUGGGUGGGAGAGCUGGGGCUGGGGCUGGGGGGGCGGUGCCCCUUCCUGCCCUCCUGCUGGUCAAGUCCGAGACCCCUCGAGGCCCAGGCUCUGUGCAGCCCACCCCCCUUGCACGCUUGCCCCGAGGAAUGGCCGAGUGUGGCCUCACACAGCUCCCGUGUUCAUGGCCAGCCUCCCCCUUGCCCGGCCUUCCUCUGGGGCACUCGCGGGGAGCCCCGGCCUGACGGGAAGGCUCGUGCAGCUCUCGGGGCAGGUGGCUGUGCAGGCCCCUGACCUUGCAGGCAGCCAGUGGCACUUGCUCCUGUUGUCACCCUUGAAGGACUGUCUCGCCCCCCCCCCAAUUCCCAGGUGACUGCGCAGUGGCCCAGGUGAGCUCAGAGCCUCAUCCCGAGAGCCGCUGCUCACCCAGGCCCCUGACCUCCCCUCCGGAGCCAUCGCAGGCCGGCCUGGGCCCCGGCUCUGCCGCCUGUGCCCUCCGAGGGCUAGGAGCCUCCUGGACUUGGCACCCGGCCCCUUUCUGAAGGGGAGACUCACAGCGGGAACCUGGAGCCCACGUGCAGAAGAGGUGGCAGGCUGCCGGGAAGGGAGCCCAGUGGUCAGGGCCACCAUGGGCAGAGGGAUGAGCCCGUCCAUGCCCACGGCCCUCAAGCAGGUGGACAGGUGCCACUGUGCAUGGCGUGGGGAGGGGUUGGCCUGGUGGCCGUGACUAGAUGGACUGACGAGGAAUUUAGGAGGGAACCUGGUUUUGGUAAAAAUAAACUCCAGCUGGGCUAGGGCUAGCGAAGAGCUUUUGUUCGGCCUGAACACAGCGUUUGUCUCAUGCCAGUUGCCGUGGAAAACACCCCCACGCCCCAGCGGUUCCUUGCUGAGCUCAGGGAUGCCAUGCCUCGUCUGCAAAAUUCCUGUCCCAUUUGUUCCCAGGGAAUUGACUAUGCUGGACAGGCGCCUUCACUCUGGGGCCGUGUCGAGGUGGGGGCCCUUUCUCCCCCAGCAAUUGCCCCGCUUUAUUGCCCGUGGGGCACUGGGACCCAGUGCCAACAGAGGCGGCUGUGCCCAGGGUGCCUCGAGGCAGAGACCCAGCCCCAGAGUGCACAGAGGGGCCACUGUCCCUGCGUCCAUCGUGGGCCUGCUCUUUGCCCUGGGUGCCCCUCCGUCCAGCGUGGGGACAGUGGCCCUGCUGCAGUGGGCUCCAGCUGGCCGCCUCCCGGUGCUGCCUGUUUCUGUCUGGCUGCUCAGAAAUCAGCGCACGGUUGCCAGCCUUCCCCAGAACCUCUGGCGCCCCCUCGCCCAGCUGAGGAUGCGGCCCUGCUGUCAGUGGCUCAGGUUACCCUGCAGGGACAUCAGACAUGGAACCCUGUAAGCGGGAGGCACAGAUGGGGCCAGGGAGGUCCUUGGGCAGGGCUCCUCCCCAAAGUCCGGCACAGGAGGAGGCAGUGGGAUGCAGGGCGCAGUGCUCUGAAGAGUGGGAGCAGCUCCAGCUGCCCUGGCCAGGCAGGCGGGGCACUGUGAGGUCCAGGGACCGCGCCCACACUGGCCAUCCCGGGACUCAUCCUGGGCUUGGACAGGCGAUACAGAGGGAGGUCUCAGAGGUCAGGGAGAUGGACAGGCCGUUCCCAAACAUGAGUGGUAGCUGGGCCUUUGUUUCCGAGGCCACGGUGGAGUGGGGUGCUGACGGCCUGAUCCUUCCGCCUGGCCAGGGGCCAGAUCCCCCAUCCUGGGCGACACACAAUGGGACCCUUUGUGGUUCUGCUGAGUCGCAGUGUCCAGUGGAGAACAAACUGAUCUUCUCUGGCAGUCAGACCGGGCGCCUCGUAGACCAGCAGGUCCCAGUGAGACUGUCCCUUCUCCACCCACGCCGUGUCCUGGCUCGAUGCCCCUCUGGGGCAACAGUUGGCCUCUCCCUGUGUCUCUGCCCCUCUGCCCCUCACCGCCAGGGCAUCCUGGAGGAGAAACGGGCUCAGACCCCUCCUGACACCCCGCCCAGUAGCCAGUGUGGUCUGCGGCCUGUGAGCAGCCUCCUCGGGACAGGUGCAGCUGAACCCGGGCUCCCGGCAGUGGCAGCAUGGCCUGCAGGAGCCUGGGUCUGUCGGGCACUUGGUGGCUUGUGGAAGGGCCGUGUCCUCUCGGCCCUUACACUGGCCAGGUGCCCUGGGCUGGGAGAAGUGUGGGGUCCUGCCCCUGGCCUGCAGCUGGUACAGAGGAGGUCGCCGGGACUGGGCAGAGCUCUUCCUGGAGCGUGCCCUAGACUUCACUGCGGGGCAUCGGCCCGUCCGCUCUGGGGUUUGUGGCAGGUGUUGAGGGUGUUAGGGGAGGCUGGUCGCCACGUUGCGGUUGCCCCAGCAGGGCCUGGGAGGCACCUGGAAGCCUGAGCCCUUCCUGUGCUCCUCACCGCGACUCCUGCCGGCUCCACGAGGACAGAGAGCAGGGCUGUCUGCCUUGGGAGACCUGGAGGAGGAUCCAAGCUCGAGGCGCCGCUCAGCCUGCAGGGAGCUCAGGAUCCCACAUGAGCCCGGGCAGCUUACCCGAGUGAGAAAGCCAACCACAACCCGCCUCCGGCUGCCAAGGCGAACUUGGACAGGGCCCAGGCUCCCCUUCGUGGGAGGCCCAGCGCACAGGGCUGUGGUGGGCGGGAGCACAGCGGCUCGGGUCACAAGAGAACAGGCGGGACGCUGGGGCCUCUGCACGCCCAGGUUCCUGCCAGACUCCGCGCAGCCCUCCACGCUGGGCGACGGGCCCUGGACAGGGAGCCCUGGUGAGCGCCCGGGGCUGCAGCCACGUGUGACCUCACCUCGGGGACAUUGCCGAGUCCUGAAGGGGUGCGGGUGGGGCUCGCUUUUCCCUCGAGUGUUCUUUUUUUGAACCCAGAGGCUUCACACUGAGCUACAUCCCCAGCCCUUUUAAAAAUUCUGAAACAAGGUCUUGCUGAGGUGCUGGGGUGGGACUUGAACUUUCUCCUGCCUCAGCCUACCGGAGUGCUGAGAUUACUGGCAUGUGCGGCCAUGCCGGCUCUGUUGGGUAUUCUUCGGCAGUGUAACUGAGUCCUUUUCCUGGGCCUGCCGAGGCCCUGUGGUGCCUCAGCAUGUAAAGAAUAACAGGUCUGGAAACACAUGCUUUGCUUGUAGAUAAGGUCAGAGGACAGGAAGCUGGGCUUCUCCCCCACGGCUGGGUGGGGAGGCCUUUCUAGCGUGGAUCUGAGGUCCACAGCUAGUCUCAGAGCCGAAGGACUGCCCCCGAGACGUCAAAGGAGAGGACUGCCUGUUUGUUUUUUGCUUUUUGUUUGAAACAGGGUCUCACUAUGCAGCCCAGGCUGGCCUCAAACUCUUGGUGGUCCUCCUGCCUCAGCCUCCCGAGUGCUGGGAUCACAGGUGUGUGGCACCACGCCCAGCUAGGACCACCUGUUUUGGCCUCACUCCCCAAACCGGGUUCCUGCCCCACCCCUUCCCACACAUCCGGCUGAGCCCAGUAAAACAGGUGCCAGAGCCACGUGGCACAUGGAGACGGGUGCCACAGUCCUGCGCUGGCACUGCCUCCGGGGCAGCAGGGCCACAGAGCCUGGAGCCACUGCCCACCGCCUGCCAAGGGUCAGCCCUUCUUACCGCCAGGACACGGCCACGGCCUGGAAACAGCGAGGGCACCUUGUGCCUGUGCCAUCCUGGGCCCUGGCAGGCGCUUACCCUCUGUGCCUGAGGCCAGAAGUCCUGGGGUCGAGGUGUUGGCAUCGUCGUCGUGUCCUUCCCGAGUCUCCAGGGGACCACAGAGAAGAAAAGAAACACAAUUCAAAUCCGGGGACCCUUCCUGCCUCUUCCCGCCAAGCCUGGCGGCUCAGGGCGGCGAGCAAAGGCCAUCUUUCCAAAUAAGGGCAAACUUGCAGUCCCAGAGAGACAGGACCAGAGGUCACUGUCCCUCCCGCACACGAGUGUCUUGGCAGACCAGCUCGUGGAACUGCAAAGGCCGGCGUGGGCUGGAAUGUAGGAGCCCCCGGCAGCUGUCCCCGUGCUGAGAAGUGGCUUUCCUGCCACUCGUGUCCUGAGUCCCCCCCGCGGAGCUGCACCGAGGGGUGGGCUGGGCUCCUGACCCCCGAUCAUCUCCGACCCAGCCCCUUCUCCAGAUCACUGGUUUGCCUUUUCCCGGUCCUGAGACACAGACUGGUCUCUGGGGACGGGCAGCCGUAGGGGGCCUCUGUGGCCUGAGCCAGGGCCCUUAAGGCUGGCCAGGGCCCGGGGAGAAGCGGGUUGUUGGUCCCACUCCCGGGCCCUGGGCCACUGCGGGCACCCUCCCAGCUGUCAGCCAGGAGCCCGAGGGCGGGAGCCAGCCCUUGGCUUGGGCUCCGCUUCCCCUGGUGGGGGCUGCUCGUGUGGCAUUUGGGGUUCGCUGGGCUCUCGGUUUCUGCUCACGUGGUGCCCUUAAGGCAAGUGCAUUCUGUGGACAAGGAGGAGACCUGGGGUGAAGGGCUUAGGGGACCUCACCAGGGCUGCACAGCCUGGCAUUGCUGCCCACUUGGCCAGAGCAAGAGAGGACACUUCCUGUCAAGGAGGGCACUGUGCCCCAGGAACCCCACUUGGUGGGAGCUGCUUGUGCAGAGCCUGGGUCCUCCUGUCCCCAGCAGACCUGUGCCGCCCGCUUCCUUCCACCAUCUGGUGACUUUCCUGCCUGCUUUCCUGGUCACCAGGCCUGAGAAGUGCCCUGCCACCGAGUGGCAGUGGGAUGAGUGAACUGCUCAGUUUCUGGAGUGCUGUGGGAGCAGAAUCUUGGCCCUGGGUAGGUCCACAGGAGGGGAGGCCUGGGGUCAGCCUUGCCCAGCCCUGGGCAGUGGCGGCUUUUAAGGACUAGAUAUGAUUUGGACUGGCACUGCCACCUCCCUGGACUUGGUGGGGGGCUGCUGGGUGUCACAGGGCCAGAGCAGCACCUUUGGCUUGGACCACUACACGUUGCACCCCCACCAGCACUCGCUCGAACCCCAGGCGUCUCCAGGCCUCGCCAAAGCCUGUCCUGUUGCAGGUGGGGUGGUUGGAAUGGCUACUCUGGAGCUUAAACCCCAGCACCUCAUCCCGGAAGGUGCGCUCGGCUCCCUUUCUUCCUCCCUGGGCUGGUGCAGAGCCAGACAUGGAGCAGCUGCUGCUGGGAGUGAAUUUGAAGGGCGAGUUCACUGCAGACAGUGUGCUGGGGACUGGGCAGCCCUCAGCCACCCAAGCAGAGCUGGAGUUGGAGCAGACAGUCGGGGCAGGUGGAGCUCCGGCUGCUGAGUGCACCCCUGUGCCAUGUUAGGCUGUGCCAGCCCUGGCCAGGGACAGCUCUUUGGGGUCCAGACCAGCAGCCUGGUGCCCGCUCCGUGGCGCCUGUGGAGAGAAGGGACCGCCAGCGUUUGGUCUGGCACCAGAGAUGCAGUGGCCUCCCAUCCCGGGCCGGCAUCCAGCCUCUGAGACCGCCAGACCCAGGGCUCUGAGCGGUGGGGCUGGUGCCACAAGGUCCUCAGAUGCCUGCCCGUGCCCCAGGCCCGCACCUCCUCCCCUGGGCAGAGGUGAGGCAGUCACGGGCCCUGAGAGCCUCUGCAGAGCCCUGUAUACUCCAUCCUGACCCCAUCGCCCCUGAGAGGCUGUGUGGUCUCAGCUGCCCCUCUGCUCCCAGACGUCACCUUCCUCCAAGGGACUCUGGCCGCUAGGCAUGGAGGGAGCCACACCCUGGGCGCCAGCACACUGGUCAGGUUUGGCCUCCUGGCCCAGCCUCCACUGCACUGGCGGAGCCGUGAACCCGGGCCCAUCAGAGCAUCUGGAGUGUGGCGUUUUGUCCUUGGGGAGAGCAGCUGGCCUCCCCGUGUCCAUCAGAGGCUCCUCAUCACAAGGCCGGGGGCUGGCCUGUGGGGCAGGGCGCCCUGUGACAUCCUGGGCACCAUGAGCGGGGCAUGCGGUUGCCCUCCUGUCUCUGAGUGCCCUGGCACAGAGCCUUUGUUCUUGUAUAGGCUGGCAGAGCCUCAGGCCCAGGCACGGGCGGCCUUGCCUCAGUGUCCCUCCUCGUAGGGCAGCUGCUCCCCAGCAGGGCUCUAUGGGCCAGGCCCCGGGACACACCAGGGUGCUACAGGUGUACGGAGAGCUGGGAGGAGGGAGCCCUGGCCUGGCCCAGCCCAGCCUGCCCGCCGCCAGUGAGCCGGGCUGGGCAGUCAGGGACGAGGGUGGUCAAGUGUCUCAGCAGGCGCGUCCAGUUUGUCCCAAUGCAAAGCCUUCACCCGGAGUUUUGUUAGGCAUUUUGCUGCAGGGACAUUCUUGAACUUCCAGCGUGCCCUAACCAGCAUGCCUCUCUGUCCUG